GCCACGAGGUAGGCGGUGCGGCGAGUCUCCCCACACCCACCUGCCGCACGCGAGUAACAGCUUCCAGAUAUUUCACCACGUGGAAAAGCGACGCCACCAAGGAUAAAAGAUCGGCCGGUCGUUCCGCCGGAGCACGCCGGAGUCGAGACGAAGCGGGCAAAGACUAGGAGCGAGCGCGAAGAAGACGAUGGCGGCUCAUCUGCCGGAGCUCGCGCGCUUGCCGGACUUCCUGGCGGUGUGCUCCUCUGCUGGGUGGACGGAUCAGAAGCACAUGCUCUACCUUAGCUUACUGCAGGAAUCUUUCGUGAACCGAUUGCACGAACAUGAAAUCGGCUUCAAAGGACUCUUCAGUCUGUCCCCAAGACCUUCCAGAACAACGUCCAAGGUUGUCAGAGCAAAGUCCUGCAGAAAGGUUGAGCAGAUCAUCAGACCACCCUGCUGUGAGCAUGAGGAAGAUGGAGAAGACCGUUGUACGGACGACGAUGCAUCGACCACCGAGACGGAACAAGAAUCCAGCAGCAGCUCCGAAGCAAGUGCGACGAGCCAUGGACGGUCUUCUGCGAGCCGUUCUGGCAAGCGAGAGCAUUCCCCUUCCAGGACUGCAGAUACUUGCAAGAGAACCACCUACUCGUGCGUUUCCUCAGAGGGAUCAGAUCAGAAUUUCGUUGACGAGGACGUCGAGGAUACAAACUGGAUUGGAGAAUCCAGACGACGUCGCGGCAACAAGAGACUCAAGUCUGCUGACGAUCGAUACGAUGGAUGUUGGAUGAUCAAGUGAGAGAGAGGCGUUGCGUCCAUGAAGGAAGAACUACAACAAGUGGGCUGCCUCAGUGCAAGAGAAGAGGGCACCGAUGGCCACAUGGAGGUCCCCAAAGUGGAUGCCGGAUUAUUGGAUGCAGCGCCUGGGUCAUCCUCCAAAAGGAUAAUUCACACCAACAAUGAAAUGUUCGGACUAACAAUGUGUACGUGCUCAGUGCUUUGCUCACCCGAGUAGGAUCACCAUGAGCUGUAGAAUAGGCAUCAAGACUCUAGUAAGUAUUAACCCACAUGUAGAACGAGUAUUAUCAAUUCCGAGGAAGAGUUCAAAGCUUACAACUGUCUAUGAUCCCUCCACCUCCGCGAGAAAGGAUGACUUCUUCAACGAGCUUUGAGGGUUAAAACCCUUAGGAGUGGUCAAAUGGGUGGUCCUCGGAGACUUCAAUCAAAUCCACCGGACGAGUGAAAGAACAAAGCCAAUGUCAACUGUAGCUGUAGCCAUAUAAAUCCAUAUAAAUCGCUUCUGGUCCGCCUUACAAGAUUGCGAGCUCAAAGAGAUUCAUCUCCAAAACCGUAGGUUCACUUGGAGCAAUGAAAGGCUCAACCCCGCCCUUUGCAAGCUUGA